GAUUAAAUGUAGUAAAUGAGAGCCUUAUUUUCUGACUUAUUGCAAAUUUCAUCUCCUACAGUGUCAAAGUCAACUAAGGACAGUAUGGCCAACGAUGCAGAUGACAAUUUUGAAAUCUUGGAUCUCGCAGAGGCUGGCAAGAAUUGGUUGGAGAGGGCACUAGAUGGAGAACUAUCUAAGAAAUCAGUUCCAGUUCAGCUUGCUAUGGGUGGAACAAGUGGAUGGGUUGCUGGAUAUCUGUUUCAGAAAGUGAGUAAGGCAGCAGCAACAGCAGUAGGAGGUGGAUUCAUGUUGAUACUGGUAGGUCAUCAUACUGGUUACCUGAAAGUGAACUGGAAGCAGUUUGAGAAGGAUAUAAAUAAAACACAGCAGACAGCGGUCAAGGAGGUUGAGAAGAGAUAUCCAGCCUUUCAAGGGGCAUUCAAUAAAGGGAAGGACCUUGUCAAGAAGAAUGUGAUGAUAUCAAGUGGAUUUGCCGCAGGAUUCCUACUUGGAAUGGCAAUGUAACAAAUUAAUUAUCAUUGAACUAUAUGAAUGGAUGGAUACGCCAGGCAUACCUCUGGCAGCAGACUUUCACCGUCAUCUCCCCAUCUCUUGUAUUCGUCCUCUGCUAAAAUCGGAGAUCAUCGGCACCUCUGAGAUGGCCAAAGCUGAAUUAAAUUUUGGUUCAUUAUCUCAGCGGUAGGGGAUUGACAAACGCUUGGUAGAUUUUGGCAAGAUUUGUAAAGGUAACAUAAGUGCAGCUUUGAAGCCAUUGCUGAUGCACCCAGGAGAAAGAAAGAGGACUUUUAAUCCAAAUUUACAACCAAUAAUUGCAAGGAUAGAGAUUUGGUGAUACUGUAUUCUUUUGAAUAGUAUAUGAGAUUUGGUGAUACUGUAUUCUUUUGAAUUGUAUAUGAGAUUUGGUGAUACUGUAUUCUAUUGAAUUGUAUAUGCUCAUUGAGAGAUGGAUCCUCAAUGUUGGACAUCAAGAUGUUUGAAUUCUAUAAUUUCUCAACCUUAAAAAGAAAUUCAACAUUUUAAUGGUGUCAUUCAUACAAGAACAUUUACAAUAGAAAUCAAAUUAAAUGACUAAUUUGGCUGCAUUAGUUUUACCAAGUAGUAAACACCUGUUUGAGCAGUGUCAUACAAGUCCCAUUUGCAUGUGUUUGAGUCUGUCAGUCAUCCAGGUUUUUACAUUUUGGUUUAUUUUUCGACUACUGGGUGGCCAGAUUCAACUCACACUCGCAAAGAUCACGCGUUGAAUGCGAGUCUUUAAUUUUCAUUCAAUGAUCCCUUUUCUCCUUCAAAUUUUGACUCUUGAUUGUUUUUUACAGUUUACAUGAAUACAGCCAUUAACAGGCAGUAGAAUCCUUAUAUAAUUUGACAAUUUUUCAAUUUUCUGCUUCUUGAAUCAGAGCAUUAUUGUUUCCAAUGAUUUGAUCAUCAUGAAGUAAUAUGACUUCCGUGCUAACAUUCACAUGAAACAUUAUUGUUGAUUCAUCCACGUACAUGUAUUGUUAUGAUUCAUUGCAACUACAGGGAAUAAUUUUGCUAUACAAAGUUGAACAGCAUUUUUGGUCAUAAGAGAAAAGCUCUCAACUAAGUAAUGUACACUCCUAUGUAAAAAGUAUGCUAUACAAAAGACUUUAUGCAUAGCAGUCUUUCAAAAUUGUGGAGCAAAUUGCAAUGCGAUACCAGGAAAAUUAUUCCCUGAGCUGAAUUGAUCAGAGAUAUAAAAAGAUACCUUUAUUUUAUGUGAUUAUUUUCCCCAAUACCUGCGGUGCUUUGUAUGCAUACAUGUACAGUGUAUAUAUUUGUUGAUCUAUCAGUGAACAUGUUAAUACAAUGGUAAAUUGCCAACUCGUCUACUCAUCACAUGGUCUACCUUCAUUUAGUCUGAAGCCAUUCCAUCCAUCAACAUUUCCUCUAACAGCCAUUUGGUCCAAACAUAAUUUUGUCUAGUCACCAGUUGGUCCAUGACCACUUCUUCUUAUCCAGUUGGUCUAAUUCCCAUUUUUGUCUCACCUGCAUAGCAGAGUGAGACUAUAGGCGCCGCUUUUCCGACGGCGGCGGCGUCAACACCAAAUCUUAACCAAAGGUUAAGUUUUUGAAAUGACAGCAUAACUUAGAAAGUAUAUGGACCUAGUUCAUGAAUUUGGCCAUAAGGUUAAUCAAGUAUUACUGAACAUCCUGCCUGAGUUUCAUGUCACAUGACCAAGGUCAAAGGUCAUUUAGGGUCAAUGAACUUAGACCAUGUUGGGGGAAUCAACAUCAAAAUCUUAACCUAAGGUUAAGUUUUUGAAAUGUCAUCAUAACUUAGAAAAUAUAUGGACCUAGUUCAUGAAACUUGAACAUAAGGUUAAUCAAGUAUCACUGAACAUCCUGCAUGAGUUUCACAUCACAUGACCAAGGUCAAAGGUCAAUUAGGGUCAAUGAACUUUGGCCGAAUUGGGGGUAUCUGUUGAAUUACCAUCAUAACUUUGAAAGUUUAUGGAUCUGAUUCAUGAAACUUGGACAUAAUAGUAAUCAAGUAUUACUGAACAUCCUGUGCAAGUUUCAGGUCACAUGAUCAAGGUCAAAGGUCAUUUAGGGUCAAUGAACUUUGGCCAAGUUGGGGGUAUUUGUUGAAUUACCAUUAUAACUUUGAAAGUAUGUUGGUCUAGUUCAUAAAACUUGGACAUAAGAGUAAUCAAGUAUCACUGAACAUCCUGUGCGCAUUUUAGGUCACAUGACCAAGGUCAAAGGUCAAUGAACUUUGGCCAUAAUGGGGGUAUAUGUUGAAUUACCAUCAUUACUUUGAAAGUUUAUGGAUCAGACUCGUGAAACUUGGACAUAAGAGUAAUCAAGUAUCACUGAACAUCCUGUGCGAGUUUCAGGUCACAUGAUCAAGGUCAAAGGUCAUGUAAGGUCAAUGAACUUUGGCCACCUUGGGGGUAUUUGUUGAAUUACCAUUAUAUCUCUGUAAGUGUAUUGGUCUAGUUCAUAAAACGUGGACAUAAGAGUAACCAAGUAUCACUGAACAUCUUGUGCGAGUUAUAGUAGUUUUCAAAGUCAGCACUGCUGCUAUAUUGAAUCGCGUGAUGCAGGUGAGACCGCCAGAGGCAUUCCACUUGUAUUUUCAUUCGAUUCAUCAAAUCAAUACAGAGUCCAAUUAGAUCAAAUGAUGAGUGGACGAAAUGGUAAUGAGACAAUGUGGAUAAUGGACGAACUGAUAGUAGACAAGCUCGUAAUUGGACGAAUUGGCAUUAGACGAAUUGAAAAAACCUAUAAAAUUAGUAAAUAAUAGUUACUCUACUGUGAAAAUCAUGCCAUUUUUAAAAAUUGUAUUACACUGUACAAUCCUAUUAAAGGUAUUUAGCAAAAGUUAAUUGACCACAGGUGCAAACUUUAGCAAUAGAUGUUACAUUAUAUUUUCGCUGUAAAUGCGUCUAACGCAUAAGUGUAUAUAUAUUUUUUUUCUAUUUCCUUUUUCUUCAAGCUAUCCAUUUGUGCAAUCAUAUUUUCAUAAGUUCUCCAAUUUCUAUGCCAUUGAUCUUAUUUUAUGUCUGUGUUUGUGGAAAAUCAUAUUCAGAAUAAACAAACUUGUUAAAAACAAAAUAAUUAGGCCUAUGCUCAGAUAAUAAUAUUCUGCUUUUGUUACUCAAGUCAAUACAUUAGAAAGUAGCUAAGCCCUUCACAUAUUACUCUGGUUCCCAGGUUCUGGCUAGUCUGCAGGCACAGACUCAAAUUUGACACACAAUUAUUUGAUAGGAUGCAGACUAGAUUCCAAACCCUCUGUAGAGCAGUACAUGAGUGAAUCUAGUCUCCUAAUUCAGACUCUGCAUUAUGCAUAAAAACCAAGGGUUCAUGUAUUAUGCCUGCAGGCUAAGUUCUGAACUGCCCGUAACUGGCCCACGACGUGACCACCAAGCUUUAAAUCCACAAUGACUAUACCAAAUUUAAUUUUGAGAUAUAUUAUUUACUUUGAAAACAGCUCUCAAUUUUUAAACCGAUAUUGUUGAAAUAUGCAAACAAAUAAAUAAAAAUUGACAAGAAAUUACAAAAUUAUGGACUCUUUGUAAAAUGAAAUCACUAAAUGAUGUGAAUCUAUCAUAGGCAAUUUACAGAGUAGAAACUCUUCCAGGUAAAACCUUUGAAAAAGAUAGCAUGUUGGUUAUGAUUAAUUGGUGCAAAUGUGAUCCCUAUCCUAACAAAGUAACACCAUUCAGCCAAAUUUAGAUUCCUAAAGGUGAAAGGAUUAACAUUUGAAGAAAGAUUCAUUAACUUUCAUAUCGAUAUCGAAUUUGAAUUUAUUCACAAACUUCAUUCAUAUGGCAUGAAUAUUUUGUUUUUAAAUAUAAAUAGACAAUGAUAAGUAAACAAAAACAUUCAUAACUGUAUGUCGUAUAAAUCAGUAAUAUCGUUCAAAAUAUCACCCAUCCUAUUCUAUGAUCGAUGAUCAUCAAUCUUUCUUUUGGAACAACUUGCCAUUUUGGUUGAAUUUGAUUAACCAGGAGACUAAACAUGAUGGAAAACAUGUGUUCAAGCAAAAUUACUCAGUCCCCAAUGGAUUUAACCAAAUUACUACUAUCAGGGUUCCCACAGUCUUGGAAAAUCCUGGAAAAAUUUGUGGUCAGGGAAUUUGGAAAAGUCAUGGAAUUGCAUUUACCUCUUGGCUAUGGCAGCUUUCCAGUUUGUCGUGUCUCACAACUCUCAUUCUCUGCUAUUAUAAUUGGUGUUCAUAAUUUCAAUUUUUCCCAGUUUUGUGACAUCCCAAAUUCUACAUAACUCCCGGGACGUUAUGGAAAGCAGCAAUUUAGUCAUGGAAUUCUGUUUUUAAAUAUCUGUGGGAACCCUGUACUAUGCAGCAGUUGACCUUGCCUAAGCUGUCAGUGUUGGUUACUCUUUUUAAUCUACCAAUUAUUGUCAUAUUUCUGUAAAUUCUUUUAACCUUUAUUUGUAUGUAUUUAUGUUUGAUAUGUACAUACAGAUAUAUAAAUAAUCAAUUAAUGAGCCUAAA